AUGGCCGACCAGUUUAAAGCUCGAACGCUGAAACGGAAGAAUGUCAAGGGCCUUGCCCUGAACUCUACGCCAAAACCUCUCCCCAAACCGUCGGAAGGUGAUGCUCAGAUUCCCGGUGCCAUUGGAAACACCGACAGCAACCGCACAGAUACUCUGGAGAUUGGGUUGGAAUUUCGACUGGACCUUCGAAGUGAGGAUUUGAUUACUCUGAAGGAGCUAGGGGCCGGAAAUGGAGGAACUGUAUCGAAGGUGAUGCACGCAUCCACCAAGGUUGUGAUGGCCAGAAAGAUCAUUCGCGUGGAUGCCAAGGAGAAUGUGAGAAAGCAGAUCUUGCGUGAACUCCAAGUUGGUCAUGAUUGCAACUCCCCUCACAUCGUGACCUUUUACGGAGCGUUCCAGAAUGAAGCGAGGGACAUUGUUCUAUGUAUGGAAUAUAUGGACUGCGGAUCCCUCGACCGCAUUUCCAAAGACUUUGGACCUGUUCGAGUCGAUGUGCUGGGCAAGAUCACCGAGUCGGUUCUUGCUGGUCUGGUGUACCUCUAUGAAGCUCACCGCAUCAUGCAUCGUGACAUCAAGCCGUCCAACAUUCUCGUUAACUCCCGUGGUAACAUCAAACUUUGCGACUUCGGCGUUGCUACAGAGACGGUCAACUCGAUUGCCGACACUUUCGUUGGAACCUCGACCUACAUGGCACCGGAGCGAAUCCAAGGCGGCGCUUACACGGUGCGAUCAGACGUAUGGAGUGUGGGAUUGACGGUCAUGGAAUUGGCGGUCGGACGCUUCCCCUUUGAUGCCUCGGACUCGUCUGCGGGCGAUCGCGCCAGUGCUGGACCGAUGGGCAUUCUGGAUCUCUUGCAGCAGAUUGUUCACGAGCCUGCCCCCAAGCUACCUAAGAGCGAUGCUUUUCCGCCUAUCUUGCAUGAAUUUGUCGCCAAGUGUCUCCUCAAGAAACCAGAAGAGCGACCAACUCCUCGGGAGCUCUAUGACAAAGAUGCUUUCCUGCAGGCUGCCAAACGUACUCCAGUGGAUCUUCAGGAAUGGGCUAUCAGCAUGAUGGAGAGGCACAACCGCAAGUCAUAUUUGGCUCCCCCGGCUCCAAAAUCACUCAAGGAAGAGGCAGGCCAUCCCACGCCUCCUCCAAAGCCCGCCGUUAGCAGACCAUCUCGGACUCCAGGCCACAUGCCCACGUCUGGAGAGAUUCCCUUGAACAUCGCCAACGACUCAAGCUCCUCACACUCCCGCCACUACAACGUCCCCUCAAACCCAUCCCCGCAUCUGGCUAGGUCGACCCGGUCGCCUCCACCCUUAUCGCUGGAGCACCUGUCGCUGGAAACCAAAGAGGAAGAGUAUCGGUCUGGCCGUCGUCCAUCGCGCAAUUAUCUGGGAGAUCCCGUGUCUGCCAUCGACGCGCCUACCCGACCACACAUCAGUUCUCGCUCGGCUAGCUCCCACAACACCAAGUCGAGAAUGCCACUUCAGACGGCGACUUUACCCAUCCUGUCUGCUGGAGGCUCCUGGCGGCGCCAGAUGAACCAGUCGCGCGGCGAUAUGACGGGGGCCGUCUAG